UACAUGUAUAUAUUUAUACAUAUAUAUGUAUAUAUAUAUUUCACCUUUCAUUACCGAUCUUCUUUCUUCUAAGAGCUGGGAGGCAUGUUUCAUUAUUCACUUGAAUUCACUGCUGAUCACUACACAUAUCAGAGUUCUGAAGUCUUUCAACAUUGUUCUACAUUUUUGUAGCUAUUGGAAGUCUUGUCUUUCUUGACCAAAAGCCAUGACUUGGAUGCUCCUCAGAGAUCUCCUAAGUGGAGUAAAUAAAUAUUCAACAGGAAUUGGUCGAAUCUGGCUGGCUGUCAUCUUUAUGUUCCGUUUGCUGGUCUACAUGGUAGCUGCAGAACAUGUUUGGAAAGAUGAACAGAAGGAAUUUGAAUGUAACAUUAGGCAGCCUGGUUGUGAAAAUGUCUGUUUUGACUACUUCUUCCCCAUCUCCCAGGCUAGGCUUUGGGCCUUGCAGCUGAUCAUGGUCUCUACUCCUUCUCUUCUGGUUGCUUUGCAUGUGGCCUACCGUUUGGGCCGUGAAAAAAGGCACAAUAAGAAAUUUUAUGUUAGUCCAGGUAGCAAGGAUGGGGGCCUAUGGUACACUUAUAUCAUUAGCCUUGUUGUCAAAACUGGUUUUGAAAUUGGCUUCCUGGCUUUGUUUUACAAGUUAUAUGAUGGAUUUAGAGUACCCUACCUUGUGAAAUGUGAUAUAAGACCUUGCCCUAACACUGUGGAUUGCUUUAUCUCCAAACCUACUGAGAAGAAAAUCUUCCUUUACUUCUUGUUAGUCACAUCAUGUCUGUGCAUUGUUUUGAAUAUCGUUGAGUUAGGUUAUCUGGUUCUCAAGAGUUUUGUAAAGUGCUGCCUUCAACGAUAUGCUCAGAAUUUCAAAUCUUCAGCUUAUAAGUGUCAUAACCUUGAUUAUGCCAUGUGCAAUGAGAUUGUCCCGAAACUGCACCAGAAGCACAACUCUGACUGUUCCAGAAGCAUUCCUCAAAAACUUGAUAGAAGUGAUUUGCAAGAAUGGUGAAAAAAGAACUGUAGGGUGUUCAGAAACAGGAUUUAAAUGGUGCUGCAAUUCAGAGUGUCCCAGAUCAAGUGCUUUGAUGGAUAUGAAAAAGAAACAGAUAUAUAAAAUAUAUCUUCAGUUGUAAAUAUAAUUUUAUAAUCAAGCACUACAUAUACAUAUGUAGUGCUGGAUUUAAUUUUUUCCCAAGUAAUCUAAAGAGAUUUGAAGGCUGUGAAGAUGGGAUUGACUUUCCCCUUGCCUACUUUUAAAUUUAAUCAACCAAAAACUGAAAACAUCCCUACUAAAAGUGGGUGAAAACUCAGAAAUGACUGACCACCCCCUAGGCAGUGCUAAGCAAAUUUAAAGACUGCAAUUGGUCCUUGUAAAGUAGAGGAAGGGUCAGGAAAUGAUGUAUAAAAAGGGCUAUAAAAGAUGAUGAACUUCCAGUGCAAGGGGUCUUCAUCCUGAAUUUUCGGGUUAGAAGAUCUUCUCCUUUAGGACUUUGGUCUUUGGCUUCAUUUGGACCUGGGACUCUGGCUUUUGGACUGCUUCUGGUAAGACUACUCUUCUCCCUUUGGAUCUUUUCCUGGUGAGUGAAAAGCUGGCCUUCCUUUCCUGGCUUCUGGAGAGAUUAGUUCCAGAGAGGCCUCCCCUUCUAGGAUAAGGCCACAUGGGUUGAACCCUUGCUUAAUUGACCACCAAAUUCUCUGGCAGAGCUUGAGUUGAGCCAGGGACUGGAGCAACAUUUAGGGUGAUAAGCUACACUUCUUACUCUACCCUCUUUCACAUUUCUUUACUUUCACUCUCUCCAUAAUUUUUUUCUUAUAAAUAAAAGCUGCUAAAAGUAAUUUUAAGUUGGGUUUAUUAAUUGUAAAAUUGGGGACCAGAGUAUUAUCUUAGGAUUCUCAUAUAUUUAGUCCAACCAUAAAAUUUAAUUCCUUACAAGGCAAAUGCAAUAUACCCUUAGUUUCAAAUUUUAGUAAGCAUAUUGAUCAUGCUUCUUACAAUGUCUUGCACAUCAGUAGGUAAUUAAACUUUUUUGAAUUAAAUGAUCAAUGCAGCAUAAUAUAUAGGAAGAGAAUGAGAAGAAGUAUUUGUUAUAAAUUAGGGGUUAACAACUUUUUCAAAGUAGCUUCCCAGACCUCCAUUUAUUUAUUCUCUUCUUGUGCAAGGUUUUAUGGAAGUUAGGCCAAAGACCACAAGGAAGACUACACACUUCGCUCAACUAAACCAUUUAGCAAAGCUGGGUGGGUAGGGAUACCCACAAACUAGGACUCAAAUCAUGGACCUAAGCUAAGAACAGAAGGGUUGGGAGGAGUCACAACUCAAAAUUUUAUCAGCAAAUAUAGUAUUCCAUUAGCAGGAAUGGAACAAGGAAAUAUUCAAGGAAAAGUCAACAAGGGGGAAUAAAGAAACAUUGAAUAUGCAUGAUGAAAAUUCUUCAAAGACAAAAUAUGCCUACUUUACAAGUUUACCUAGAGCUUGCUCUGUCCCUUUGUAACUCUGGUGGCAGAGGGGGGUGGAUAUUACAAAUUAUAGCAUAUUUAGGCUUAUUAGCCAGCAACUACUAUGGAUAAACUGCUUAAAUUGUAGACAAACUAGACAACCCUGCUAAUUAUUUGGUCUUGUUUAUAUAAUUUAUAAUUUCUCACAGUUUGAGGUAGAGCUUACACUUAGGUUAUUUACCCAUUGGGGAAGGUAAUAAAAAGUCACUUUCAUCUAUGAUACCCUUUGUUUUCAUCUUGUUUCAGAGAAAGGGCAUGCACUAGCUCCAUCUAUUCUACAAAUUGUAGUAUGCUUUUAUUGUCACACUGUAACAUAUCUCCCAAAAGCUCAUUUCAUUCAUUCACUAAUUCAACAAAAGCUAUGCUAGGUACUGAAGAAAAAAAGUUGCCCUUAAGGAGCUUACAUCUUACCUGGAGUUACAACAUAUAAAAAGACAAAGAAAAUAAUUUGAAGAGGGAGAAUGGACUAUGGGGAAAUGGGAAAGAUUCCAUAUAAGAUAAUAUCAGAAUGAAGACUUGAAGGAAGCUAAACUUUUUAAAGAGAUGAGAAAGGAGUAUGGUUGAGGCAGUAUAGUGUGGAGAGGUUAGAGUGUUGGAUCUGAAGUUGGAAGAUUUGGGUUCCAUUCUCACUUCUGACAUUUUCUAGUUGUGUCAUCCUGUUCCUUCUCAAACUCCUUUGCUGGAUUUUCAUCCUGGUUAGGUCUACUAAUCAUGGGAGUCCUCCCAAGGCUCUGUCUUCAAUUCUCUUUUUCCUCUAUAUUGUCCUGGUUGGUGAUUCCAUAAACUCAAAUUGGUUCAAUUAUUUCUAUGCAGAUAAUUUCUAAAUUUAUGCUUCUAGAAUUGACAUCUUUCCUGACCUCCAGCCUCUUAUCACCAACAGCUGCUAGGAUAUCUUGAACUAGAUGUAUCAUUUUCAACAUGUCUAAAGCAGAACUUAUGAUGUUUUCUCCCCAUAAUUCUUCCUUUUUCCAAAUGUCCAAAUACUGUUGAGGACAACAUCCUCUUCCUAGUUAUACAGGUCCACAACCUAGGUAUCAUCCUCGACAUAUUUACACUCACCCCAAAUAUUCAACCUAUUGCCAAAUUUUGUCAUUUGUUUCCACAUCUCUAUAUGUCUGCUUCUUACUCACCCAGCCAUCAGCCUGGUGCAUACUUUUACCACCUUUCCUAUAAACAAUUACAACAGCCUUUUGGUUGGGCUGUUGGCUUCAUCUCUCCAUAGUUUUGUCUUCCACCCAUUUGCCAAAGUAAUUUUUUUAAAGAGUAUGUCUGACCACAUCAUUGCUACACUUGCUAAACUCCAUUGGCUCCCUAUUACCUCUAGGAUCCUCUUUAUUAUCUCCAGAAAUAUCAAAUCCUCUUUUGAUUUUAAAUCUUUUUCACAACAUGGCCCCUUCCUACCUUUUCAGUUUUCUUAAUUCUAUUCCACUCUACAGAAUUGAUGAUGUAGGAACGGAUUUUAUUCACUCAGAUAAAUUGCUCACUUGACUGUCUUUUGACUGGCCAUCCCCCCAUGCUGAGGGUUUUUUUUAAGUGCUGUUAUAAACAUUACAUUUUUAUAAAGUGCUUAGCAAAGUGUCUAGUACAUAAUAGGUGCUAUAUAAAUACUAGUUGUUAUCAUCAUCAACCUCUGGCUCUGGCCUUUCUUCAAGAUACAGUUCAAAUUCCACUUUCUGUAGGCAGUUCCUUACUCUUGCCCUUCCUUCCCCCAUCCACUAGUGCUACACCUUUGAGAUUACUUCCAAUUCAGAUAAUACACACAUUUCUUGUAUGUAUCUAGUUAUGUAUACUCCUCUUUCCUUUUAGAAUAUGAGCUCCUAGAGAGCAGGGAUGGAUUCCCAGUUCUUAGUAUACAGUAUCUGGAACACAGUAAAUACUUAUUGCUUGAUGAUUGACAUCCUAAGCCUUAAUUUUCUCCUCUUAUCACGAGGGGGUUGAAUUAGAUAAAUUCUAAUAUUCUGUGAAUGCAAUACAGGUAUGAGGGAGGAGCCUGUGCAAAGAAUGGAGACAGGAGAUGGAAUGCAAACCCUUUUUUGGAGCAAAGAGUUUUGCUCAUGGUUCCAAGCAGCAAGGGACUAAAGUUUUGACAUAGAAAGUAAGGGACCUGGACCUUUUACUCUGUUAUUUUAUUAUUCUGAUAGUAUGAUGAGGUUAUGACAAUAUAUGAAAUUUAAUUUUUUUUCAUAAAAACCCUUACCUUCCAUCUUGGAAUCAAUACUGUGUAUUGGUUCCAAGGCAGAAGAGUGGUAAGGGCUAGGCAAUGGGGUUCAAGUGACUUGCCUAGGAUUACACAAGUUGGAAGUGUGUGAGGUUAGAUUUGAACCUAGGACCUCCCAUCUCUAGGCCUGGGUCUCAGUCCACUGAGAUACCCAGCUAACCCCAAAACUGAAUGUUUUUGUUCAUUGGGCAGGAGACUGAUUGGAUUAGAUGACUUCUAAAGCUUAGAUCCCAGAAUUUUGUGACCAGUCAAUAGAAAUUGAUUAUAGGUGAAAGUGUAUGCAUUAUAAUUCUAAUGAAAAUCCUUUCAUUAAUUUAAACAGCAAAAAAUUCAGUUAAUCAGCAAACAUUUAGUAAGCCUCUUCCAUGUACUUGUACUGUGUUAGGCACUGGAUAUAAAGAUGAGAAUGAAACAGUUUCUGCUUUCAGAGGCAAAUUCCUUGUCAUAUGUAAAUAUAUUUAUUUAAAAUUUUUCACAAUGUGAACAUGUACUCUGCUAGAAAAAUACUUUGAUGGCAGAAUUCAAAUGCUCCAGCAUUGGGCUGUUCCUAUGGGUGUCCCAUUAUAGUUUAUCUUAAAUAAAUGCUUGGAUUGUUGUCAGA